AUGGCCUCCAAACCUCCCACCAGAAAGUCGACACGCACUCGUCAAUCGGCGACGAAAUCGCUCGAAGUGGCUCCUCCAGAGAAACCAGCCCCAGCGGCCACGAACCUCGCGCAGUCGAAUACCGAAGACAAGCGGUCCCUCAUGUCUGGCUUCGAAAGUGACUCCUCGCUGAGCCCUCCCCCCGAAACGGACGAAGAAUCCAAUGGAGAAUCAGAUGAAGAGUCUGAAACUGAAGAAGAACCGGCACCACCGGUCCCGACCCCCAAAGUGACCGUCAAGGCCUCCACUGUCAAAGCCCGUCCCUCGAGGGUGAAGAGCAAGGAAAUUCCGAAAGCAAAGAAUGCUUCGAGAGCGGACGAGAUGGAUUUGGAUCUGAAGAAGGAGGCAGAGUCAAUACCACGAGGCAGGGGUGCGCGGAAGAGGAUACCCGAGUCGAGCAUUGAGCCGCCAAGCGAGACGGUCAGCCCGGCGCUCGAGGUUGCUCCUACCCCACAAGCCCCGAGGAAUGAUACGCCACCUCCUGGGUCGCUUCCCGAUGACUUGUCAAAAUCAACCCAUUUGCCGAACCCUGGUGUCGUUGCAGAAGAACCCAUACCCGUCACAGCCGACUCUAUGUCAGUCCCAGCAAAACCCAAGCCCGUUCCAGCAGAGCCCAUUUCGCCUCAGGCGGAGCUUGUGCCCGAGAAACUGCCUGAACCCCUGUCCGAUGCCAGGGAGCGAAAAGAGCCCCGAAAGGAGAACGUCAAGCUCAUGACUGGGGCUACCGACAAGACUUCUACCCCUGGCUUACCGCUCGACCAAGACGAUCUACCCGGUCAACCUGAGAAAGAGGGAAAGAAGCAGGGAAAGCGGACUUCGGGGUAUAUGACCGAGGGCGAUGUUGAUGAGGGUGUGAAGAGGCCCAAAAUGGGGAUAGUUCGGGAAGAUCCAGAGAAAAUGGAGACAGAGGAGGGGACCGGUACGGCAACAGAGAAGGCCGAGGAUAGAAGUAUUGCUGCGGACGAACGGCCCAAAACCAGAGAGCAGGAGGAAGAGGGUCAAGCGCCAAAGGCAACGGAGCAGCUCCCCAAAGAAGAGUCGAAAACAGAAUCCUUGAAGCGUUCUGUCGGCCUAAAGAAGAAGAAGAGCCGACAGCAGAUCCUUUCAGAAGACGAGUCUGAUGAGGACAUUGCAUCCACCCCCUCAGUGAGCCGCAAUAAACCCUCUGCUACUAUCCGCGCGCCCUCAUCGUCACCCCCCGCAGCCAAGCCGCUGCCAUCUUCUCCUAGAGCGUCAGCAACACCCUCGCCACCGAGACGAUCAGCGAAAUCUGUACCCCACAAGAAACAAACCCCCGGCCAUCCUUCAAGUACGCCUGCACAUGCCAAGUCGUCGACGAAAGCUGCUACCGGAGUGACGGCAAAGCCCAAGCCUAAACCCAAAGCUGUGGCGAAACUCGAAAGUUCCUCCGGGGCUCCUGCCAAAACGACUCCUACUUCGUCCCCGGCGUCCUCGACGCCCGCCGGUGCAAAGCCUCCUGUCAAGAAAGUCAAUGCCAAGCGUCCUGUUCAGAGCAAUGGAUCUACGCCGGCUUCGAGCACACCCAAGAUGAAAGCUGCUACAGGGAGUGUCCCGAGCCUGCUCAAACAAACCAUGGGGUCGCUGAGGCAUGCCAAGACUGAUGACGGCAAAAAAGUCAAUGAGGGUUCGAAGGACCAAGAAGAGAGGGACAAACAAUCGAGAAGAGGGAAGGGCGAUCGAGGAGAUGGAUGGGCUAUGACACCGGACGAGAGAAAACAAUUCGAGGCGACGAGAGGGCAGAGAGAGGCAGAGAGACAGGUCAGGGAUUCGUGGAAUGUCAGACCCAUAAAUCUCCAGGAGACUCAAGAUGCUUGGCAUAUAUAUUGUGACCAGCCCCCGGCUCUGAAUUACAAGGCGGGGGAUGACAAUCUUCCUGACAGCAUCAAAACGGAGGAUGUGGCGUCGUUCGUCCUUCGAAAUGUGUUGGGAUACUAA